CCUCUGCCUUUCAAAUGGGCCGACCGCCUACGCUUUCGAGAGGUCACCAACCCCAGGCCCAGACUCCGAGCGUGCCCCCGGGCAGGAUUCGGCCAGUACAGCCCAAAGUCGGCCAAGUCUACAACAAUAAAAUGGCACUUGAGAAGCGUCAAGGCUGGAGACGUCCGAGGAUGUGGUAGACACGGGUCGCACCAACCCACCAAAGGCCUGCGCAGGUGUUCUGAAAUGGAGGACAAAUCAAGUUUGCGUAUCAAGUGGGAAGCGAAGCCGAUUCUGGACAGGCCGGAACAGGUUGUUUCGGUUGACGGCCACGCGCCGUUGUCCGGUCGGCGACAAGGUGGACGGCAACUUGUCGGCCCAGUCAAUCUGGCCAUUGGGGUUGGUUCUGUCUGGCAGGUACCUUAUUUGUGUGUCUGCCAUCUACCACAGGCUCCGGGGUCCGAGUCUGUGAAGGUUGUUGAGUCGCCGGAGCCAAGGAGGUGCAGGAAAGUGGCCAAAUGGACCACGACGUGGAGGUGGAAGCGGAGGUGGGUAGCAGAUGAGUGGGUCUCGGAUUGGCUCACCUCGUCUGUACUGGGAGGUGAAGGCGGAGCGGGAUGGGAGUUUGGGACAGGCUUGAGGCCGGUUUGUCUGGUCAACCAAGUGAUUCAGUCAAAGGGUUUUAGGAGAAUAAAUUGUUAA